AUGGCCGAUCCGUUGCGCAUGCGCACCACAAAAAAACGCGCUGGACCCAGGGAUCGUGCCUUGACAGGCACCGGUAGUCGUGGAGAUGGCUGCGCUCGCGGAAGUCUGCCGUGGAGGUGGAGGUGGGUCCGCGGUGCGGUCCUGGUGGUGGCUCUCCUCCCUACUGGUGCUCACGUCGUCGCUACCGGUGGCCAGGGCGCUGGUGGAGGGUCUUUACUGCGGCACCGAGGUCUGCUAUGACGUGCUCGGGGUCACUCGGGAGGCCUCCAAAGCGGAGAUCGCUCGGGCUUACCGGCAGUUGGCUCGCCGCUACCACCCUGACCGGUUCAGACCUGGAGAUCCGGGGUCGGAGGGAGAGAGUGCGGAGUCAGCCCAGCAAAAGUUCCUGCUCGUUGCCACGGCGUACGAGACUCUAAAGGAUGAGGACACACGAAGGGACUACGACUACAUGCUGGACCACCCCGAGGAGUACUACCAGCACUACUACACCUACUACCGCCGACAGCUCACUCCCAAAGUGGACGUCAGGAUCGUGAUCCUCGUGACCAUAUGUGCCAUUUCCAUUUUCCAGUAUUACAGUUGGCACAGUAGCUACAACGAGGCCAUUAACUGCCUGGCGAAUGUCCCCAAGUAUCGGAUCCAGGCCACGCUGAUCGCCAAGGAGCAGGGCCUCCUGAACCGCACCAAGGAGAAGGGCAAGAACCGGCGCUCCAAAGAGGAGAUCCGGGAGCAGGAGGAGGAGGUGAUCCGUGACAUCAUCAAAACCAAGAUCGACAUCAAAGGUGGCUACCAGAAACCCAACCUGUCCGACAUCCUGCUGUGUCAGAUUGUGUUGUUCCCCUGCUACCUCGUCAACUACGUCGCCUGGUACGUCUCCUGGGUGUACCACUUCACCAUCUGCAGGGAGGAGUACGGCGACCGGGAGAAGCUUUACAUCAUCAGGAGGCACAUGAAGAUCUCCCAGUCUCAAUUUGACAGCCUGGAUGAGAUCACCAAGCAAUCCUUCCUGGAAAAACAACUCUGGAUCAAAGAAAAUUACGAGCUGUACAGAGCGGAACAGGAAGAGGAGAUGAAGGUGAAAAUGGCCACCGAUCCAAAGAUGAAGCGGUACAGACGGUGGAGGAAGAACGAAGGACCGGGACGGCUGACCUUCGUCGACGAUUGAUAGCCGCAAGUCGCGACGUGCACACGUGCCUCAGUGCCAACGUACGUGGAACAUGCAAAGGACAUGUGCGGACUUACGUUCAGACAAACUGUUUAUAUUGUGAGAAAUAUUUUCAUAGGGAUGAGGCAAGAGCCGCACAAUUAAGUGGAAGAAACUGCACGCCGCAGGAGAAAUGUUUACAUUUUCUUUCACUACGAGUAAUUUAACUUCAGUGUCACAUGUGCCACACCACCUUUUUCUUUUUUUUUUGUGGUCAUCUAGCUCAAAAGCAGACAUUAGCUAAAAUAGAUGUCGCAAAGGAAGCUGAAGUCUGACGCAGACCGCACCCUUUCCACCACCUGAACUGUUGAUUUGUUUUAAAAAUGUAGCAAGUUUGUCUUUGCACGAGCUUUGUGUCAAUUUAUUCUUCACAAGACCAACACCAAAACAAAAACAACUGGUGGUUAACAGCAAAGGCCUUUUCAGAUAUCAUUUACACAAUGAGCCAAAGUCAUCUCGGCAAAUUUCUCUCCAGAGUGAGCGGUGGUUUUUAUCACGCCGUCCAUUUGGGAGUGCAGAUUAAUACCUUGACAGCACUGUAAUGUAAUCAGCAUUUCAAGGAAUCCUCAGUAUUUGUUUCCGAUAUCACAAGCUUCAUUCAGAUUUUUUUUUUUUUAAAUGACAAUUUGUAUGAUGUAUUUUACAUUUUUUAAAUAAAGUUUUGAUGUGACUUCA